UUUUAUUAUUAAAUAGACAGUAAUAAUAAAGAAGCAAAAUAAUUUUCUCUUUUGUUUGUGCAGAGGUCCAAGGUGUGUAGCACGAUUUGAAUACAUUGGAGAUCAGAAAGAUGAGCUCAGUUUUUCAGAAGGUGAAACUAUUAUCCUGAAAGAAUAUGUAAAUGAAGAGUGGGCCAAAGGAGAGCUCAGAGGCAUGUCUGGAAUUUUCCCCUUGAACUUUGUGGAAGUUAUUGAAGACCUACCUGGAACAGGUACAGAAACAGCACUGAAGAAUAAGGUGGAGGUUUCAUCUUCCCUUCCUCAGAACAACAGACGCUCACUAGAGUGGUGUGAAGCACUUCAUGAUUUUACAGCAGAAACCAAAGAAGAUCUAUCCUUCAAAAAGGGAGACUACAUCCAAAUACUGGAACAAGUAGAUUUGGAGUGGUAUAGAGGAAGACUGAAUGGAAAGGAAGGGAUUUUCCCAGCAGUUUUUGUUCAGACCUGCUCAGCUAGAGUAGAGCUGUCACAGCCUGGAGGAGGGAAGAAAGGAAAAGCCAAAGCUCUUUAUGACUUCCAUGGAGAAAAUGAAGAUGAGCUUUCCUUCAAAGCAGGUGAUAUGAUAACAGAGCUGGAACCUGUAGACGAGGACUGGAUGAGUGGAGAGAUAUUAGGAAAGUCUGGGAUAUUUCCCAAGAACUUUGUUCAGAUUUUAAAAACACCAUGAAGUGUCGCCUUUCUACUACUCCCUGCAUGUGGGAGAGAAUGUUUUUUUACCCUAAAGGCACAGCAAAGACAUCAACGAGUGUUGAUUAUCAAUGUUUUGCACUACUUUUUCUAGACAGUCAUAGUAGUAUCUUGAAGUCGGAUAAGAUUUGAGUCUGUUGUGACAGUGUAUGUAAUCAUAUUUCAUGAAUGCUCAGAGAGCAAAACAAGCAGGCUUUUUAGCCAUUUCCAACUAGGGAAAUACUGUGGUGCAACACCAUUUUAACUUAUAUAGCAUUCUAGUAUGUUUACUCUCUGGUAUUAUAUUUAUCAUGCACAAAGUCUGCAUAACAUAAGCUGCUUUGGCCUUCUUUGAACUUCUUAAGAUCCAAACUUUAAAAUUUGUUUUAAUAUAUAAUUACAGCACUCAGUAUGUAGAUGAAGUUUGAUAUUCAGGUUUCAUUACUGCUUGAGUUCCACAUUAGCAGUAGAAUCCACUUGUUUUAUGAUUUAGAGGAUAAGAAAAAUAACUGGUAUUUCAUAGUAGAAAGGUAUCAAUCUACUACUCGUAAGAGGGGAAAUGGAGAAAUAAAUCCUUGUGUAGUAUCCUUCUAUUCUUAGCCCAAGCUGAUCAUACAGCAAGAUCACAAAAGUAAAAUCUGUGAGUAUUUUGCCUCUUAAUGAAUUCUGUUUAAAUUGGUAUGAAUCAUCUUAGGCCUUCCUCGCUUUCCCCAAAAUACUUUGUAAGUACAGGUUUAGUUUCUUCCUACUGCCCAUUGUUCUUUGAGCACCAUCAUACCCUUCUCUCCUAGCUGACGUUAGCAACAGACUGUUUAUUGAGCUUUCUCAGACCCAGCCAUGGAGGAGUUGCACUAUUCCAACUAUUUGCCCCUCCACUCCCCUCAUGGGAGUGGAAAGCCAGUGUUCACCCAGUCUGCAUUUUAUUUGUCACUCAAGUACUGGAACAUACUUCAGUAACACUAUUCCUGUCCUUAACAUGAAGGAUAUUAUACAGCCUUGGGUUUAGUUUUCAGCAGACGUGGGAUUAGUUUCCAGUUUGUUGCCACAUACCAGAUACACUGAGCAUCCUUAUAAAUGGCCUGUUGAGGCCUUGAGGAAAACAUGCCUGGCAAGAGCUUACUCCAAACAGCUCUAGCCAAGGCGUGUGGUAAAAAGCAGUGUAGCUUGACUGACCAGCUAAGAUGGAUGUGAUUGAGGUAGCUUCACAUUAUAGGAACUUCUGGUAGUCAAUUCCUUUUUGGAACAGCAAGGAAUGGGCAUCUAGUCCCAGUGGCAGACUGGAGCUCACCUGCAGCAAGCCUGAGGGACCUGCAGUGCAGACGUGAGGGCCUCAGCACCAUUCACCCAGCAGUCACUGCCAGGCCACGGAAUCUGCACAGACACAGCCCCCACUUUGUGUUCUGCUGUGUCUGAACUACACACCAGUACCCUUCACACAGCCAGGGGAUGGAGACCACACAAAGUUCUAAUGAGCUGAGGAACUGGACUUUCCAUUAGGGAUUAACAUGAUAAACAAAAUGCUGAAGUACGUGCUGUUCUAGAAGGUUGGAAAUGCAAUAGAUACAGCUGUUACUCACUUUUAGCAGCCCCAGCAAGCCUGUCCAGAACUCCUGUGGAAUCAUGUGGAAGUCCACAACCAAGGACAAUCCUUCCCGUUCCCCCAAGUUUUCCUGUUUGGAGAUUCUAAGGUUCUUGUUUAUUCCAAAAAAAACAGUAGUCUCCUAAAGAAAUCCAAGGAAUAGCCAGAUCCUUCAAAGACAUACCACACCAGUGUGGUGGUAGAUGAGGCUGAAGUGUGUGAUGUUUACUUACUGUUUGUCUGGCAGUUUUCUAAUGUUUUGAUACAAUUCUCAAAAGUAGAACCGAUUUUUUAGUAUUUUUUUUCAACUUCCUCUUUUCCAUUUUUAUAACUGUCUUGACCACUUGUUUUUGUAACUUCACUGAAUGUUUAAAGUCAGUGCCUGUUCAUUGACAAGACCACUCUGCUGUAUGUAAUCUCCUCCUCCCUGUGGGGCAGGGCAGGAGUAGCAGCAAGGCCUUUUACUCAGAGCACCGAGUGCCAUCUAAGGGCUGCUCGCAUGGCUGCAGGCAGCUGACACGGCGUCUGUGUCAACGCUGAAGCAAGGGAGAUGCUCGGCUUUUACGGGGCAGGAUUUUCCUGAAACGAUGCCCAGAUGCCCAACACCACCACUGUAAGAGCGUACACAGAUCGCAUGAAAUUCCUAAGGGGUACAAAAAAGCCGAGAAUGAGGUGGAGUGCAAAUCUUAACUGCAAUGUAGUAGCAAAUUCCAGCGGUAACCUUGAAAUCCAGCUAGAUCUCCAUGCAUUAGAAUAAAAGCCUCACUUACCAAAACAUUUUGUUUGACCCAUCCUCUAGAAAUAUCUUCAGGAAGAUAUCUUUGUUCUGUGUACAAUGAACAGUAUCCUAAAUAAACCUUUGUUAAGUCCAGUAAGUUUGUUAUGGUACCUCUGUAAAUUAAGAAUGUAUUUAAUCAAUAAAAUUUUUGUAAUUAAGUU